UGAGAAUAGGCCCCGUUUUGAUCCGUAUUUCACGUACUGCUAUUGGCACCAACAGCGUCAUUUCUAAUUGGGCCCAGGAGUCUGUGACACUGACACCGCAAAGCAAACAAUCUUGUCUGUACUUCGCCCCGCUGGUAGCGUCUAAAUGCACGCUUUGAGCCUAGCGCUUGCUGCCCCCCUGCUGCUCAUAUUGCUGCCAUUUGCUGCAUCAUUCGCUCCAGGAGUCCAGGACCCCCCAAGGGCAGCGACAUCGUCUCGCGGCUCUCUCGCGCGCUGUAGGCCUCCAGGCAGCAGCCAUGCACGGCCUGGCGAGGCGUUUUGCUAGGCGUUCCCGAUGAACCUCAUCUCACGCACUCGCUCACUCACUCACUCGCUCAUUCACGCUUUGCUCCCUCUCUCUUGAUUCCUGAUUCUCCCCCCUUCCAUCCCCUUCAACUCCCGCUUUCCUGCCACGAGUCCACACGCGUUGCCAAUAUUGCCCGCUGAGCAGCUCUCUCCAGGACCGUUUCAGAGCCUGCUGGACCUGCUCCCAUCCUAUAUACUUCGACACUCGUCCUCACCCUCCAGGCAGCAGCAAGCCUUACCUUCCGCCCGCCCCCGCCGUCCCGGUGUCUUCUCUCUUCACCUCUCUUCACUCUUUCUAAGCCUCCUUGUCCUCGUCCUCGUCCUCCUCAUCGCUCUCCGCGAAGCAAACAUCUCGGUGGCGACAUAUCCAGAGACUCGGACGCUGCUUCGAGCCGCCGCUCGGCGAGAGUCAGACACGAGUCCAAGUCUU